GGUAUACCACGCUACCAUCGGCAUCUUCUCCUGGCAGCCAUCGUCGGAUUCCGCAUCAUUCCUUAGGCCCCCUCGUACAAAGAAGGCACCAGCAAGCAGCCCCAGACCCCGCGCACUAGCUUAGCUUAGCCAAGCUGACCUCCGGGCCCUCUGACUUCCGAGGCCUGCGAGCUGGAGACAUCCCGGCGGCGGCGGCGGCAGGAUGAGCUCCGGCGGCUGCUCGACCUGCCUCGAGGUCAUCUUCGCCGUCGUCCUCCCGCCGCUCGGCGUCUUCUUCCGCUUCGGCUGCUGCAGCUCGGAGUUCUUCAUCUCCCUCGUGCUGACGGUACUGGGCUACGCCCCCGGCAUCGUGUACUCCCUCUACGUCAUCCUCCGGACGCCGCCGGAGCCGCCGGGCAUCGAUGGGGAGCGGCCGUACGACAUGCUCGCCUGACGGAGGCCUGUUCUGCUGUACAUCACCAUCCAACACAUAGGGCCCCUGCGCAACACACACCGCUGUAGUUUUGCUGUACUUUUCGUCGCCGUUCGUGAUGAGCUGUAGGUAGCGGGUAGUUGGUUCAAGACAUUCCUGGCUGUAUUUUUCUGCGUCCCUAUUCUUCCAUUCUUCCAGUACAAUUGUUCGGGUUGAUGGUAUGCUUUGUGUAAUUGGUUUUUCGGUUUCUAGUAUUUCUAUUCUUUGGAGGUCAUGACUUAUGGGUGUAUUGUCGGUAAGGGAGGGAUGAUAGUUCAUUUGUCUAUAUAUGCAGCAGUUGCUAAUUGGUAACCGAUAAAUAUUCUGAUAAGGUACAUAUAUAUAAUCAUGUACAAAUUUUUUUUCA